CCUCCAGUAUUUUACAGUCAGAGAACAGCAGUCUGCAGACUUUAGACAGUGUCAGACAGAGUUUUGCUUCAACAGACCAAAGAACUGCCACUCAAUAUUAUUCGUUUAAAUCCUGCAUCAUGGGAAGCCUUUUCAGCAAAGCGCAAGACAGAAGCAAUGUGACUAAAGACAGACAACUGGUGACAGCCAAUAUGAGUUGUUGGGCCCAUGGAUUACACUGUAUACGAAGACAGCACACUGAUGAGGCAAAGACAGGAAGACACACUGGCACUACAGUGAACUUUGUUGUUUUGGGAGUGGCAGGGACCGGAAAGAGUGCCAGUGGGAACACCAUCCUUGGAAAGAAACACUUCAUAUCUAGACCCAGUUCAAAGCCGGUCACCACAAAGUGCCAGAAUGGACAAACUAAGAUCAAUGACUUACAUGUACGUGUGAUUGAUACCCCAGAUAUGUUUGAUGAUGACAUUGCACCAUCAGUUAGAGGCAAACAUGUGAAAAGGUGCAAACAACUCUGUGAGUCAGGACCAUGUGUGUAUGUACUUGUGAUGCAUGUGAGCAGAUUUACAGAUGGUGAGAGAGACAUAAUGGAAAAGUUAGAAGAAGAUUUUGGGAGGGAAGUUAGCGGACAAACAAUCAUCCUGUUCACCCGAGGAAACGACUUGCAGCAGGCAGGAAUUGGUUUGGAGGAUUUUCUUCAUUCUUGCCAACCUGAUCUGAAGAAAAUGGUUGAAAAAUGUGGGAACAGGUGUGUUCUCUUUGAGAACAACAAAUCAGGUCCUGCUCAGGUUGAAAAACUAAUGGAGAAGGUAAACACAAUACUCGAAGACCAGAAGAAUUUAUAACUUUAAGUAUUUGGAAACUAUUGUUUUUCUUUUGUGUAAAGAUAGUGAGUCGAUAUCUUCUACUGGUAGAUGAUGUAAAACAAAUGUAAAUAUGAAUUUUGUUGAUUUCUUUAAUAAAGCUCAUAUGAAUUAAAA